UUAUAAUUAUCAUAAAAAAAGAAAAAAAAAACAAGGUGGGGUAGCUUCUAGAAACUUUUCCAAAACCAUGGCACAGGUAUGUUUGAGCAACAACACAAUACCAGGUGCCACUUAAAUGACUGAUAUACCCUUCUAAUUCUCCGCCUUUGACGGUCAUAUAAAACCAUCUCUCUUCUCGUGGUUGCAAUGCAUACAAAGACCAACAACAACCAUACAUUCUUAUUUCCCAUUAUACCCCUCCUCGCAAAAUAUCCCAAUGCCAUUAAUCCUAAAUCUCGCACCACUCGCCGGACCUGCCACGACUCUCCGAUCUCCGCCCAUGGUCAGGGCAUUCACGGCGACGAUCGAUUCCCGAAGGCCGGCGAGCCUCUAUGAAGUUCUCCGGAUCAAGCAGAACGCGUCGGCCGUGGAGAUAAAAUCAGCGUACCGGAACCUGGCGAAGGUGUACCACCCUGAUUCCGCACUCCGGCAACCGGAGUCCGACGAACGGGACUUCAUCGAGAUUCACGACGCGUACCAGACGCUGUCGGAUCCGUCGGCGAGAGCCGUGUACGAUCUGUCGUUGAUGGCGGCGCAUGGCGGUAGUGGCUCCUUCACUUCUUUGGUGGCCCCCGAUGGGUCUUCCAGGUUGUACUACCAGACCCGCAAGUGGGAAACGGAUCAGUGCUGGUAGAAUAUAUAUAUAUAUAU